UUCCGUAUAGCUGCAGAAAAUGACGUCACAUUUGGUUAAAAAAACAACAGCCAUCUCAAAGAGCAGCCUCUCCAUCGUCGAUUCGUCUGGACAACCAGUAACGUUACUUCGUAAGCUCUCCCGAAAACAGACCGAGAAAAUGGACACCACAGGGGUCAAAGUGCUGGAGACAGCUGAAGACAUCCAGGAGCGCCGGCAGCAGGUGCUGGACCGCUACCGGCGUUUCAAGGAGCUGUCAAUUAUGCGCCGGCAGAAGCUGGAGGACUCUUACCGCUUUCAGUUCUUCCGCCGUGACGCCGAUGAGUUGGAGAAGUGGAUCCAGGAGAAGCUGCAGAUCGCCUCUGAUGAGAAUUACAAGGACCCCUCCAACCUGCAGGGUAAGCUGCAGAAACAUCAGGCCUUUGAAGCUGAAGUUCAGGCCAACGCUGGGGCCAUUAUCAAACUGGAUGACACUGGAAACCUUAUGAUCAGCGAGGGCCACUUCGCCUCUGAGACCAUUCGCACUCGUCUUGAGGAGCUGCAUCGCCUAUGGGACCUCCUGCUGCAGAGGACCAAGGAGAAGGGCAUGCGUCUCCUGCAGGCCCAGAAACUGGUCCAGUACCUGCGUGAGUGUGAAGAUGCCCUGGACUGGAUCAGUGACAAGGAGGCCAUGGCCACCUCUGAGGAGCUAGGCCAGGACCUGGAGCACGUGGAGCUUUUGCAGAAGAAGUUUGAGGAGUUCCAGACAGACCUGGCUGCCCAUGAGGAACGUGUGAAUGAGGUGAACCAGCUGGCGGGCAAGCUGACCCAGGAAGCCCAUCCCGAGGCUGAACUCAUAGUUCGCAAGCAGGACGAGGUCAACGCAGCCUGGCAACGCCUGAAGGGCCUGGCCCAGCAGAGGCAGGGCAAGCUGUUUGGGGCUGCUGAGGUGCAGCGCUUCAACAGGGAUGUGGAUGAGACCAUCAGCUGGAUCAAGGAAAAGGAGCAGCUGAUGGCCUCUGAUGACUUUGGUCGUGAUCUGGCCAGUGUGCAGGCUCUGCUUCGCAAACAUGAGGGUCUGGAGAGAGACCUGGCUGCCCUGGAAGAUAAGGUCAACACACUGGGUGGUGAUGCAGAGCGCCUGCAGCAGACACAUCCCCAAAAUGCCUCCCAGAUCCAUCUGAAGAAAGAUGAACUCAUCACCAACUGGGAACAGAUUCGCACUCUGGCCGCUGAGCGCCAUGCCCGCCUGAACGACUCCUAUCGGCUGCAACGUUUCACUGCUGACUUCAGGGAUCUGACCAGCUGGGUGACAGAGAUGAAAGCCCUGAUCAAUGCUGACGAACUGGCCAAUGACGUGGCUGGAGCUGAGGCUCUGCUUGAUCGCCACCAGGAGCAUAAGGGAGAGAUUGAUGCCCAUGAGGACAGUUUUAGAGCCACUGAUGAAGCUGGCCAGGCCUUGCUCGAUACAGGACACUACGCCUCUGAAGAGGUCAAGGAAAAGCUGGGCAUCCUUACUGAAGAGAAGGAGUCUCUGCUGGAGUUGUGGGAGGUUCGCAGGCAGCAGUAUGAGCAGUGCAUGGACCUGCAGCUCUUCUACAGGGAUACUGAGCAAGUUGACAACUGGAUGAGCAAACAAGAGGCUUUCCUCUUGAACGAAGACCUUGGUGACUCCCUGGACAGUGUAGAGGCACUGCUGAAGAAACACGAGGACUUUGAGAAGUCACUUAGUGCCCAGGAAGAGAAGAUCACUGCCCUGGAUGAGUUUGCUACAAAACUAAUCCAGAACAACCACUAUGCCAAAGAGGACGUGGCUACCCGCAGAGAUGCUUUGCUCAGCCGCCGCAACGCACUGCAUGAGCGUGCUCAGUCUCGUCGUGCUGCCUUGGAGGACUCUUUCCACCUGCAGCAGUUCUUAAGGGACUCUGAUGAGCUCAAGAGCUGGAUCAAUGAGAAGAUGAAGACUGCCACGGAUGAGGCUUACAAGGACCCCUCCAACCUACAGGGUAAGGUGCAGAAACACCAGGCUUUUGAAGCUGAGCUGUCGGCUAAUCAGAGCCGCAUUGAUGCCCUGCAGAAAUCUGGCCAGGAGCUGCUGGAUGGAAAGCAUUACGCCUCCACUGAGGUGGCUGGCCGCAUGGAGGAGGUCAGCUCCCAGUGGAAGAAACUGCUGGAGGCCACCGAGCUCAAAGGCAUCAAGCUCCGUGAGGCCAACCAGCAGCAACAAUUCAACAGGAAUGUAGAAGACAUUGAGCUGUGGCUGUAUGAGGUUGAGGGCCACCUGGCUUCAGACGACUAUGGUAAAGACCUGACCAGUGUCCAGAACCUGCAGAAGAAACAUGCAUUGCUGGAGGCUGAUGUGGCUGCUCACCAGGAUCGCAUUGAUGGCAUAACAAUCCAAGCUCGGCAAUUCCAAGAGGCUGGACACUUUGAUGCUGAGAACAUCCGCAAGAAACAGGAGGCUUUAGUGGUGCGUUAUGAAGCUCUGCGCGAGCCCAUGGCUGCACGCAAGCAGAAACUGUCGGACUCUCUCAGGCUCCAGCAGCUGUUCAGAGAUGUGGAGGAUGAGGAGACUUGGAUCCGGGAGAAAGAGCCCAUCGCUGCCUCCACUAACAGAGGCAAAGACCUGAUUGGUGUCCAGAACUUGCUGAAGAAGCACCAGGCCCUGCAGGCUGAGAUCACCGGUCAUGAGCCUCGCAUUAAGGCUGUCACCCAGAAAGGAGAUGCUAUGGUGGAGGAAGGGCACUUUGCUGGGGAGGAUGUGAAAGCUAAGCUGGCUGAACUGCAUGGACGCUGGGACCAGCUGAAGGCUAAGGCCUCCCAGAGGAGACAGGAUCUGGAGGACUCUCUGCAGGCCCAGCAGUACUUUGCUGAUGCCAACGAGGCCGAGUCAUGGAUGCGGGAGAAGGAGCCCAUCGUGGGGAGCACAGACUACGGCAAAGAUGAGGACUCUGCUGAGGCUCUGCUGAAGAAGCAUGAGGCCCUGAUGUCUGACCUGAGUGCCUACGGCAGCAGCAUCCAGGCCCUGAAGGAACAGGCCCAGUCCUGCAGGCAACAAGUGGCACCAACUGAUGAUGAGACUGGAAAGGAGCUGGUCCUGGCCUUGUACGACUACCAGGAGAAGAGUCCCCGUGAAGUCACCAUGAAGAAGGGGGAUAUCCUCACCCUACUCAACAGCACCAACAAGGAUUGGUGGAAGGUGGAGGUGAACGAUCGCCAGGGCUUUGUUCCUGCUGCUUAUGUGAAGAAGCUGGACCCCACCCAGUCUUCUUCCAGGGAAAACCUGCUGGAUGAACACGGCAGCAUUGCACUGCGCCAAGACCAGAUUGAGAAUCAGCUUGUCACCAAGGAGGCCUGCAGCGUGUCUGUGCGCAUGAAGCAGGUGGAAGAGCUGUAUGGUACACUGUUGGAGCUGGGAGAGAAACGCAAGGACAUGCUAGAGAAGAGCUGCAAGAAGUUCAUGUUGUUCCGCGAGGCCAAUGAGCUCCAGCAAUGGAUCAAUGAAAAGGAGAGCGCCCUCACUAAUGAAGAGGUCGGCUCUGACCUGGAGCAGGUUGAGGUCCUGCAGAAGAAGUUUGACGACUUCCAGAAGGACCUGAAGGCCAAUGAGUCUCGUCUGAGGGACAUCAACAAAGUGGCAUCUGAGCUGGAGUCCGAAGGUCUCAUGGCUGAGGAGGCAACCAUGGUUCAGGCUCAGCAACAAGAGCUGCUUGGUGCUGCUCCCGGAAAGGAUGAAGCUGAUUCCAAGACUGCAUCUCCAUGGAAGAAUAUACGCUUGGCUGUUCAAACAACGGCUAACUUUAAUACGAUCAAGGAGCUGAAUAAUCGCUGGCGGUCCCUGCAGCAACUGGCUGAAGAAAGGAGCAACAUGCUGGGCAGUGCCCACGAGGUGCAGCGGUUCCAUAGGGAUGCUGAUGAAACUAAAGAGUGGAUUGAGGAGAAGAACCAGGCCCUCAACACUGACAACUACGGUCAUGACUUGGCCAGUGUCCAGGCUCUGCAGCGCAAACACGAAGGCUUUGAGAGAGACCUGGCAGCCCUGGGUGAUAAGGUGAACUCUCUUGGGGAGACAGCGGAGCGCCUGAUCCAGUCCCACCCUGAGGCAGUGGAUGACAUCCAGGAGAAAUGCACUGAGCUGAACACUGCCUGGAGCAGCCUGGUGGGACGUGCUGACCAGCGCAAAGACAAGCUUGGCAACUCCCACGACCUGCAGCGCUUCCUCUCUGACUUCAGAGAUCUGAUGUCCUGGAUUAAUGGCAUCCGAGGGCUGGUGUCCUCAGAGGAGCUGGCCAAAGACGUGACCGGAGCCGAGGCCCUUCUGGAAAGACACCAGGAACACCGUACAGAGAUUGAUGCUCGUGCAGGUACCUUCCAGGCCUUUGAACAGUUUGGUCAGCAGCUGCUGGUGCGAGGCCACUAUGCUAGUCCCGAGAUUCAGCAGAAACUGGAGGCUCUAGACCGUGAGCGUGCUGACCUGGAGAAGGCCUGGGUGCAGCGUCGCAUGAUGUUGGACCAGUGCCUUGAGCUCCAGCUCUUCAACAGGGACUGUGAGCAGGCUGAGAACUGGAUGGCAGCUCGUGAAGCCUUCCUCGCCAGUGAUGACAAGGGUGACUCGCUGGAUAGUGUGGAGGCCCUCAUCAAGAAACAUGAAGACUUUGACAAGGCCAUUAAUGUGCAGGAGGAGAAGAUUGCUGCUCUGCAGUCCUUUGCUGACCAGCUGAUUGGAGCUGACCAUUACGCCAAACCUGAGAUCUUCAACCGCCGCAAUGAAGUCCUCGACAGGUGGCGCCGGCUGAAGGCCCAGAUGAUCGAAAAGCGUUCGAAGCUGGGUGAAUCCCAGACCUUGCAGCAGUUUAGCAGGGAUGUGGACGAGAUUGAGGCUUGGAUCAGUGAGAAGCUGCAGACUGCAACUGAUGAGUCCUACAAGGACCCUACCAACAUCCAGCUGUCCAAGCUGCUGAGUAAGCAUCAGAAACAUCAGGCGUUUGAGGCCGAGCUGCACGCCAACGCAGACCGAAUCCGUGGAGUCAUUGAUACUGGCAACACCCUGAUCCAGAGAGGAGCCUGUGCCGGCAGCGAGGACGCAGUCAAGGCGCGCCUCAACGCUCUGGAUGAACAGUGGCAGUUCCUCGUCAACAAAUCUGCAGAAAAGAGCCAGAAACUCAAAGAGGCCAACAAGCAGCAGAACUUCAACACAGGCAUCAAGGACUUUGACUUCUGGCUCUCUGAGGUUGAAGCUCUUCUUGCCUCAGAGGAUUAUGGAAAAGAUCUGGCCUCAGUCAACAACCUGCUGAAGAAACACCAGCUGCUUGAAGCUGAUAUUUCUGCCCAUGAGGAUCGUCUGAAGGAUCUGAACGGCCAGGCUGACAGCCUGAUGGCCAGCAACGCCUUCGACACCUCACAGGUGAAGGACAAGCGCGAUGCCGUCAACGGGCGCUUCACCAAGAUCAAGAGCAUGGCUGCCGGUCGCCGCGCUAAACUCAACGAGUCCCACCGCCUGCAUCAGUUCUUCAGGGACCUGGAUGAUGAAGAGUCUUGGAUCAAAGAAAAGAAGUUGCUUGUGAGUUCGGAGGACUACGGACGUGAUUUGACAGGAGUACAGAAUCUGAGGAAGAAACACAAGAGGCUGGAGGCCGAGCUGGGAGCCCAUGAGCCGGCCAUUCAGUCGGUGCUGGACACUGGGAAGAAGCUGUCUGAUGACAACACCAUCGGCCAGGAGGAGAUCCAGCAGAGGCUCGCCCAGUUUGUCGACCACUGGAAGGAACUUAAAGACUUAUCGGGAGCUAGGGGACAGAGGCUGGAAGAGUCGCUGGAGUACCAGCAGUUUGUGGCGAACGUGGAAGAGGAAGAAGCUUGGAUUAAUGAGAAGUUGAAUCUAGUGGGGAGUGAGGACUACGGAGAUACACUGGCUGCUGUGCAGGGCUUGUUGAAAAAGCAUGAAGCAUUUGAGACUGACUUCACCGUGCACAGGGACAGAGUCAACGAUGUGUGCGCUAACGGAGAGGAGCUUAUCAAGAAGAACAACCAUCAUGUGGACAACAUCAGUGCCAAGAUGUCGGCUCUGCGAGGCAAAGUGUCUGAGCUGGAGAGGGCAGCAGCUCAGAGGAAGGCCAAGCUGGAUGAGAACUCCGCCUUCCUGCAGUUCAACUGGAAGGCCGACGUGGUGGAGUCCUGGAUCGGUGAGAAAGAGAACAGCCUGAAGACCGAUGACUAUGGCAGAGACCUGUCCUCUGUGCAGACUCUGCUCACCAAGCAGGAGACGUUUGAUGCCGGUCUCCAGGCCUUCCAGCAGGAGGGCAUCACCAACAUUACGGCUCUCAAGGACCAGCUGCUGGCCGCCAAGCACGUCCAAUCAAAAGCAAUCGAAGCCCGUCACGCUGCCUUGAUGAAACGCUGGAACCAGCUGCUGUCCAACUCAGCCGCUCGCAAGAAGAAGCUUCUGGAAGCUCAAGAGCACUUCAGAAAGGUUGAGGACUUGUUCCUGACAUUCGCCAAGAAGGCGUCAGCCUUCAACAGCUGGUUUGAGAAUGCAGAGGAGGAUCUGACAGACCCAGUGAGGUGCAACUCUCUGGAGGAGAUCCGGGCGCUGCGUGAAGCCCACGAGGCCUUCCGCUCCUCACUGAGCUCAGCUCAGGCCGACUUCAACCAGCUGGCCGAGUUGGACCAGCAGAUCAAGAGCUACCAGGUGGUGUCCAACCCCUACACCUGGUUCACCAUGGAGGCCCUGGAGGAGACCUGGAGGAACCUGCAGAAGAUCAUCAAGGAGCGAGAGCUGGAGCUGCAGAAGGAGCAGAGGAGGCAGGAGGAGAACGACAAGUUGCGUCAAGAGUUUGCGCAGCACGCCAACGCAUUCCACCAGUGGCUGCAGGAGACGAGGACAUAUCUUCUGGAUGGGUCGUGUAUGGUGGAAGAGUCUGGUACCCUGGAGUCACAGCUGGAGGCCACCAAGCGUAAGCACCAGGAGAUCCGGGCCAUGCGCAGCCAGCUGAAGAAGAUUGAAGACCUGGGCGCAGCUAUGGAGGAAGCGCUGAUCUUGGACAACAAGUACACAGAGCACAGUACUGUGGGCCUGGCCCAGCAGUGGGACCAGCUGGACCAACUGGGAAUGAGGAUGCAGCACAACCUGGAGCAACAGAUACAGGCCAGGAACACCACCGGAGUGACAGAGGAGGCUCUGAAGGAGUUCAGCAUGAUGUUCAAGCACUUCGACAAGGAGAAGUCUGGCCGUCUGAACCACCAGGAGUUUAAGUCGUGUCUACGCUCGCUGGGCUACGACCUGCCCAUGGUGGAAGAAGGCGAACCUGAUCCUGAGUUCGAGGCCAUACUUGACACUGUGGAUCCCAACAGGGAUGGCAACGUGUCGUUGCAGGAGUACAUGGCGUUCAUGAUCAGCCGCGAGACAGAGAACGUCAAGUCCAGCGAGGAGAUAGAGAGCGCCUUCCGAGCGCUCAGCACCGAGAACAAACCCUACGUCACUAAAGAAGAGCUCUACCAGAACCUGACCAAGGAGCAGGCAGACUACUGCCUCUCACACAUGAAGCCCUACCUCGACAGCAAGGGCCGCGAGCUGCCAUCAGCUUUCGACUUUGUCGAAUUCACACGCUCGCUCUUUGUCAACUGAUCCCUCGCCCACCAGUGACCAAUCGGGACGCGUUUUCCCCCACACACACACACACUUCAAUAUGAACACACGGCUGAAACUGCAUGAUUGUGGCACUAGGAAUACUCACUAAUAACUAUCUGUACUAUCUCUUUAUCUUGCUCUACCCUUAACUCUUUGUGCUUCUCAUGAUAGCAUAGUGGAUCUGUCUGCAUUUGAAUGUGACCGUUUUAGCUUGUGCUUUCAAUGAAUUUAAGAACCUAAUAGUAACAAUAAUGUUGUAACAACACCUUAACAACUGCAGUGUGCUUUAAUAAACGCUACUGGUUAGAACUGGAAA